AUGGGUUCUACUCAGCUAUCUGUUGACCAGCUCCGAUCAUCGCUUACUGCGUCUGAUGUCCUUGUCCCAGGGGAUGAUGGUUAUCAAAACAGUCUCCACAGAUGGUCUGAAGCAGCAGAGAAGCCAGCUGCAUACGUAGUUCAAGUCACCAAUGCGCAUGAUGUGUCUAAAGCCUUACUGUUCGCGCAAGAGCAUCACCUUGAUGUUGCUGUUGUCGGUGGAGGCCACUCAACCUCUGGGUCUUCUUCUACAGACGGUGGACUUGUUGUGGACUUGACCAAGAUGCGUAAAGUUACUGUCGACUAUUCCAACAAAACUAUCACGGCUCAGGGAGGCACCAUCUGGGAAGAUGUUGACUAUGCUGCCGCCAAAUACGGCCUGGCUAUGGUUGGUGGCACUGUCAACCACACAGGAGUCGGAGGUCUUACCUUGGGUGGAGGCUACGGCUGGCUUACUGGAAAGUAUGGAUUGACUAUCGAUAACCUCCUUGCAGCUGAGGUUGUGCUCGCCGAUGGCAGAAUCUUGCAAACAUCGGAAACGGAAAACCCUGACCUUUUCUGGGCACUGAGAGGCGCCGGUCAGAGUUUUGGCGUUGCUACCAGUUUCACCUUCCGCGGGUACAAGCAGGAGAAUUCUGUUUACGGCGGCUUGCUCGUCUUCAAGCCUGAUGCUCUGGAAAAGGUGGUCGAGUUUGCAAACUGGUUAGUGAAGUCAACUGAAGGUGAGAGCGGCAUGGUUGUCGGUAUCGGUGCUCCCGCACCAGCUCGCAAAGUUAGCGUCCUAACAAUCAUUUUUUACAACGGUGAUCAAGCCAAAGCCAGAGAAUAUUUUGCACCUCUCUUUGCGCUCGAGCCGAUGGCCGACCUCACCCGGGAGAUGCCCUACAGAGACGUCAACGCAAUGCUCAACACAGUCUCGACUCAUGGCGACCGGAAGACACAAAAGGGUUCAGCUUUCUCGGUGCCCUUGUCGACAUCUCUCGCAAUGACUCUUCUGACCGACUACACCAAGUUCAUCAACGAUGUUCCAGAUGCUGUCAAGUCCAUUGUACUCAUGGAAUUCUUUUCACAGAGGCAGGUGAAUAAAGUCUCACAAACGGCCAUGUCAUUUGCCAACCGUGGCGAGCAUUACAAUAUUCUUUUUAGCACUCGCUGGGUCGGCGACAAAAACGACAAAACAUGCCGAGAUUGGACUCGCAGUAUGGGUCAAAAGGUUAAUGAGGAGUUGAAGCAGGAUUUGACUGGGGAUGGUGUUGGACAAUAUGGAAACUAUGACGGUAUGUGA